AUGACUUUCAGGUCGACACAGGUGGUAACCGGGCACGGUGUGUUUGGUACACAUUUGUACCGAGUGGGUAGCGUGGGCACCCCGGAGUGUGAGCACUGCGGAGUUGCGGUCGACACUGCGGCUCACACUCUGGAGGAGUGCGCCACGUGGGUUGAGGAGAGGGCGGUUUUGUACGAGGCCUUUGGCCCUGACAUAUCUCUUCCGUCUGUUUUUCAGCAGGCGGUAAGAGAUACGGAGAAAUGGCGCACCUUCUUGAUUUUUUGCGAGAAGGUGAUGCAAGUCAAGGAAGACGCGGAGCGCCUGCGUCAGGGCCAGCCUUUGGCCCGGAGAAGGAUCCGGNUCUAG